AUGGCCAACAAGGGCCAGACGCAGAGCGUGAAGGCGCUCGCGAAGCAGGUCGUCCGAUCGCGCAAGGCGAUGGCCAGGCUCGAGAGAACAAAGUGUUCCAUGACGGCCGUGAACCUCCACCUGACCACGGCCAUCGCUUCUAUGGCGACAGCCAGCUCGCUCAAGAUGUCUGCGGGCAUGAUGACCGAGAUGAACAAGCUGAUGAACGUGCCCGAGAUGGCAAAAACGAUGGAGGAAAUGAGGGCCGAGAUGGCGAAGGCGGAGAUCAUGGACCCUCGGAGUAAUGGAGGAGGCGUUCGAGGAGUCCGACGAAGAAGCGGACGUGGACGCCGAGAUGCAGAAGGUAUUCGACGAGCUGGCGCUCGACAAGUCUGCGUUCAUGGCCAGCGCGUCCGAGGGGGUGCCGGCGCCGCAGGCCGCGGCGCCCGCGGCCGCGGCCGAGGCGCCGGCGGAGGACCCGCUGAUGGCGCGGCUGGCGGCGCUGUCCAAGUGAACCUGGCGCACGCAGUCAUGACGACUGCCCGCCCUCCACACCCUUGUGCCCGCACCAUACAGCAGGUUCGGGCCGACCCGGACUCCCAGCGACUGUAGGUGUCAGGCCGGCCGGCGCCGGGCGGAAAACCGCCGCGGCGCCCCGGCUCUCCCAGCGGGGCCGGCGGCGAGGGCCGCCCUUCGGCAUAGUCCAGCACCCAGUACAGUCGGCCCGGAUUAGUAGGUCGACCUUGCCAGCUCAAGGGUACCCUUGUGUCCUGUGCCUCGCGACCCGUGCGUUCUUGCACUCCUAUGGCGAUGUGGCCCUCGGAAGCGUCUUGUGUCCUCUCGCGUGUCCUGUCCAAUCAAGGCCGACUGUAACUGUCUCGGCUUCGCGGUCACUCGUGGGUGUAGCCGACCUUCGUAGAGGGCCUGCGUGCUACAGGCGCGCGCCCCUCGAGGCGGCGGCGGCCUCGUUUGCUCGUGCGGAGCAGCUCAGGGAGCUCUGCGCAAGAAAGGGGC